CAGAAGUACCAUCACAGGUAUCACAUUGAAACCUGUCCGACUGGCUUUCCGAGUAUUAAAAAAUCUCUAAAGUAGAGCCGACCUACUGAAUAGAAGAGUGAGAACAUGGCUCGGGUUCUAGUCGGAGUUAAGCGGGUCAUUGACUAUGCUGUUAAGAUCAGAGUAAAGCCGGACCAUAGCGGGGUGGUGACCGAUGGUGUCAAACACUCCAUGAACCCCUUCUGCGAGAUCGCCGUGGAGGAGGCCGUCAAGCUCAAGGAGAAGAAGUUCGUCAAGGAGGUGGUCGCGGUCAGCUGCGGCCCCCAGCAAGUGCAGGAGACCAUUCGCACAGCCCUGGCCAUGGGCGCUGACCGGGGAAUCCACGUGGAGGUUUCUGGGAAAGACUACGAGACCCUGGGGCCCCUGCAGGUCUCCAAGAUCAUGGCCGCCUUGGCCAAGAAGGAGGAGGCCAAAAUGGUCAUUUUGGGCAAACAGGCGAUCGACGACGACUGUAACCAGACGGGCCAGAUGACCGCCGCCCUGCUGGACUGGCCUCAGGGCACCUUCGCGUCGGAGGUGACUGUGGAGGGGGACAAGGUGAAGGUGGUGAGAGAGAUUGACGGAGGGCUGGAGACCAUAAAGCUGAGCCUACCGGCGGUGUUGACUGCUGACCUGCGGCUCAACACCCCGCGAUACGCCACGCUGCCCAACAUUAUGAAAGCGAAGAAGAAGAAGAUUGCUAACGUGAAGCCUGCGGACCUGGGGGUGGACCUGACCUCGCGGGUGGAGGUGCUACGUGUCGACGAGCCCCCCCAGAGACAGGCGGGGGUGAAGGUGGAGACGGUGGAGGACCUGGUCGCCAAACUCAAGGAGGCGGGGAGGGUAUAGAGCCAGCAGGGGGCGACAGGGAGCGCGGAGGGGCGCAGGAGGAUGGACCGAACCGCAGAAUGCACCGAGCCGGGCCUGUGAAAUGGUGCGUUCCUGGCAACCCAGCCGAUCCAGAACCAGGACCCCGCCCCCUUCUCUGUGUGUGACUCCGCCCACCCCCCCAUGCCUCCCCCUCCCCCCGGUGUCUCCGUAGGUGGAAGUGUGCAGUGUGACACUGUGAUGUAGAGGACUGGCAACCAUGGAAACGCUGAUGCAUUUUGAAUGACAUGCUACAAUUAAGCAGUGUAUAUAGAUUUAUUUGCAUUUGAUUAAGGGUCAGACCUUGGGCCUAACCAUCUAUUCUGUGCUACAAAACAGGCUAAUGUGUCCAUAAAACUCCUCUUUCUUCAUCCCAGCAGUUUUCCUCAUCUCAUACUCCUUUGUGGGCCAGUGAAGUCCACGUUGGCCUGUACUGAACCAUCUGCACUGUUCAUUUAUCCCACUGUAGCAUACUGGAGAAUUUUUUUAAGUGUUACGUGUAAAUAUGGAAGCAGGGCUGUAUUGAGGAGAUGAACGUUUCUGAGGUUAAUUGUUAUAAAGAUGACUAUUUUUUUUCCCUCUUUUUCUUUCACCUUGUAAAGAGUUUUGAAAUGCAUCGCCGUUUCUGCAGAACGGUGGUUCUCAGUACCGAAAGGGAGGUGGGGAAGCGUUCAUUCAUCGCAAAGUUGACUUACCACAAGCGCCUCUUUAGCUCUGAUUGUGCAUCAUAACAUAGCAUCGUCCUACGGUAACAAUAAAGAAUAACUGUCUUUUUUUCAUAUCUAAA